CCAUGAGGAAGCUGUCAUUCAGUGGCUGUCAGUUCUGAUCACAUUUUCCUGCCUCGCAAAAACACUCAAUUUCCCGGAAAAUGGAGACUGAUUCGAUGGAAACUAGUGCGGAAGUUGAUUCCUCCGUGGCCAACAUAUUGUGCUGCGAAUGCGGCGUCGUCAUUGCUCCCAAUCCGGCCAACAUGUGCGUUGCUUGUCUCCGGACUCAUGUGGACAUCACAGAGGGUAUCCCAAAACAGGCGGUGCUCCAGUUCUGCCGGAAUUGCGAGCGGUAUCUUCAGCCACCCAACGAAUGGGUGCAAUGCUCGCUGGAGUCGAGGGAACUGCUUGCCAUUUGCCUGAAGCGCCUCAAAGGACUCAAGGAGGUGAAGCUGAUCGAUGCGGGAUUCAUCUGGACUGAGCCCCACUCGAAGAGACUCAAAGUCAAGCUAACCGUUCAGGGGGAGGUUCUUGGCGGAGCUGUUCUGCAACAAGUUUUCGUUGUUGAGUUCACGGUGAACAAUCAGAUGUGCGACGAUUGCCAUCGCACGGAAGCCAAGGAUUUCUGGCGCUGUGUUGUGCAAAUACGACAGAGAUCAGAGAACAAGAAGACCUUCUACUACCUGGAGCAGCUUAUCUUGAAGCACAGAGUGCACGAAAACACGCUGGGAAUCAAACCGAUGCACGGAGGAUUGGACAUGUUUUACGCUAAUGAGAGUCACGCACGGAGAAUGGUCGACUUUAUGCACACAAUGUUGCCCGUGAAGACGUCCACAUCCAAGAGGCUCAUCUCACAUGACAUCCACAGCAAUAGCUACAAUUACAAAUACACCUUCGCGGUGGAUAUUGUGCCCUUGUCCAAAGACAGCCUCGUGUGCCUGUCGAAGAAGAUGCAGCAGCAGCUGGGCAGCAUCGCUCCGCUGUGCCUGGUGCGAAGAGUGGCCAGUGUCAUUCAUCUGAUCGAUCCGCUGUCCACACAGAUUGCUGAGCUGAACAGCACAGUCUUCUACCGAUCACCAUUUGAGCCUAUUUGCAACCCCAAGUCCCUGCAGGAGUACAUCGUGAUGGAUAUUGAGAUAAUUCCGGACAAGAACAAGCCUUCAUUCCCAGGCCAGGGCAAAGUGUCCCACAAACACCUCCUCUGCGACGUGUGGCUGGUCAAGGCGGCCGAAUUGGGCAUAAAUGAGAACACAAUUCACACAAGAACGCAUCUGGGACACAUUCUGAAGCCCAGCGACACUGUUCUGGGCUACAAUCUCGAGGAUGCCAACAUAAAUGAUGACAGCUUUGAGAAGCUGGACAAAACGCGUAUUCCCGAUGUGAUCAUCGUGAAGAAGCACUUCGGAGAUUCGGCUGAACGCAUGAGCUACAGAAGGUGGAAACUCAAGCACUUGGAUGCCUACACAUCGAAUCGCGAGACAGAUUCCAAGGAGUACAGGGAGUUCCUCGACGACCUCGAGGAGGAUCCAGACUAUCGUCAGCACGUCAACAUCUACAAGGAUCCCGCCAAGCAAUUGCCUGUCGAUACCAACGAUAUGCCCGAUCCAUCCGUGCCCAGAAUCACCCUCGAGGAGAUGCUGGACGACCUCACGCUAGACGACGUUGACAUGGAAUAAGUUUUUAUUUGAUUUGCACACCUACACGCUAUAAUUCAAGGUUUUUUUUUUAAAUCCAAUUCUGGGGAAGAUGUUCUAUUAAGUCUCACAAUUCACUAUCCAAUUUGUAUCGAAAAUGCAAAAAAACAUUCAAUAAAUUAUCCCUUACUAAGAUGCUAA